AUGCAUGGUACUAUUCAGAUAAAACGUUUGGCUGGUGGGAAGAAGGUGCAGAUUUCUGCCGAUGUGGAUCUCAUGUCUGCGUCGAAACGUUGGGAUCGUCCACCAGUCAGUGUGAAUUUCGAGGUACCUUUCGCACCAAGUGGAUUUAAAGUGCGCUAUCUGAAAGUGUUCGAAUCCAAAUUGAACUAUUCCGAUCAUGACGUCAUCAAAUGGGUGCGUUAUAUGGGAAGAUCAGGAAUCUAUGAGACGCGUUGUUAG